GCCUUUCAUCAGCGCAUGGCAUGCAGCAGACGACAUCGAUCGAUCUCGAUCGAAAGUACACACUUUCUCGAUUUUUUUGUCCACGACUACGAUCCAUGUCCUAGGGUUUGACCUCCAUACAUGUUAAUUCCGUGAUGCUUGUUUCAUCAUGGCCACAUCUGUCAGUGAAGAAGAUGAGAGAUAUUGCGACAGGAGACAUGCCCAGAAUCUUCUGGAUGGCUUGGCCUGCUUACGGGCUGACAGUCAAUUCUGUGACAUAGAGCUAUGUGUUGGGAAGUCCAAGUACCAGGCCCAUCGUGCCGUCUUGUCUGCUUGUAGUCCAUACUUUCAAGGCAUGUUUGCUAGUGGGAUGAGAGAGGCACACCAAGACUCUGUCGACAUCCUUGGAAUUGAUCCGCAUGUAUUGCAACUCCUUUUAGACUUCAUGUAUACAGGAUAUGUGCAAGUUGAGGCAGAUACUGUGCAGGACUUAUUGUCAGCUGCUGAUAUGCUACAAUUGCAAGGUGUUGUCACCAUCUGCUGCUCAUUCUUAAAAACCCAGCUUCACCCAUCUAACUGUCUUGGUAUCCUACGCUUUGCCCGGUCCCAUGCCUGUGAUGAUCUGGCAGCAACCUGUUUAGCCUAUGCCUGUGCUUACUUUGCUCAGGUGUCCAAGAUGGAAGAGUUUCUAGAUGUGGAUGUUGAUGACAUUAUGUCACUCCUUAAAAGUGAGGAGCUUCGAGUUGACAACGAGUUUGAAGUAUUCCAAGCAGCCAUGAGUUGGAUUCUCCAUUCCCCAAGUGAUCGACGCAAGACUCUUGUACGGGUUCUAGAACCGGUACGAUUCCCCAUCAUUUCCCAGCACCAACUUUUUGAAUACAUCAGAGAGUGUCCAGACUUGAGUUUACGGGUUGCUAUGGGAAAGUUGUUGGAACGAUUCAACCCUGACAAAACUCAGUCUUCAUCAGUCAGACCUGCAGCAGCAUUCUCCAACCCCAGCUUGAGCAGGCCACGACAAAAUGCAAGGAAACACCUGGUGUUGAUCGGUGGUUAUAGGAGGAACCCUGGGGAGCGCUUUGAUGACAUGGAGACGCUGGACUCCGUGGUGCAGCUAGACACCUUCACACAGAGAUGGGCAACGAUGCCAAGCCUACAGCAGCCAAGGCAUGGUCAUGAUGCAGCCUUCCUCAACGGCUCACUGUAUGCCAUGGGUGGGGAGUGUGAUGCUCUUAUCAAUAAUAACGUGGAGACGUUGGACCCUGUUUCUAAACAAUGGAGUGACAUGCCGUCUUUACUCAGUCCACGCUGUGGUCAUGGUGUGUGUACAGUUAAUGGUGUCAUGUACGUGCUAGGAGGAAUUGAAGGAAGUGACGUCUUGAAAAGCAUAGAAAAGUUUGAUGAAGAGAGGGGUGCAUGGUGUCUGGCAGGAAAUAUGACAGAGGGACGAAGUUAUUUUGCUACUGCCGAAGUUGAUGGAUUGAUUUAUGUAGCCGGGGGAUGUAACGAUCCCACCAGUGGGGAACUCAAGUCAUUGGAGAGCUACAACCCCAUUACCAAUGAAUGGAACAGUCUUGCCAGUAUGAAACACAAGAGAGCCCACUUCAAAAUGGGGGUGUUAGGAGACCAUCUUUAUGUUGUCGGAGGAGCCAACAAAGAGAGGAAUGUGCUGAGCUCUGUUGAAAGAUACUCUGUUAUAGAGGAGAAAUGGACGAGUUUGAAACACAUGUCAACAGCCCGUGCCGACAUGUCUGUGGCUACUGUGAAUGGACUUAUAUAUGUCAUGGGAGGGCGCUCUUCAGGCAAGAGCACCCGUGCUCCUAAGACAUUGGACUUGGUGGAGUGUUAUGAUCCACGCAGCAACUCUUGGAUUACUAUGGGUAAGAUGCCAACAAGCAGAUGUGAGGCUGCUGUAACUGUUAUAUGACCUAGUCAUUAAAGGGUUAUUAUGGCCGGAAACCCCCUGAUUUAAAGGAAACUAACCUUAUGUCAUACAGAUACUGUUCCCGAGAAAAGAC